AUGGAAUACAGGUUCUGGUUGGCAAAGCAUUUGCAAUUCGAUUACGACGAUGACAAAAGUUUCAUUUUUGUUGUCGGCGCGGUGCCCUCGGGGCACAUGCCGAUUGAAAAGAUGGCAGCGAAGUGGCACCGCAAAUACGUUUGUGCUUGUUGCAUUCUGGAUGAAUACGUCUCCUUCGCUGAAGCCUCCUGCUGGUCCGAAAUGCAGCACGUGUGA